GGGGGUGGCAGGGGUGAGGGGCGGCAGGUGGCGUGCCAGGCGCCAGGUGAGCGCCGCUCCUCACCUGUUUCCUUGUUCCCACUUGUAAACAAACAACAGCUGACCCUCACCUGUCAGCCAUUUGUUGUGUGUCUCCUUCAGCAGACCUCCAGGAGGUGUCUGUAGCCAUGUUCUGGCUCCUGUAACAGGAUGACAAUUUUGGCUGGAUUUACUGAUAAAUUGAAAAAUUGAAACAAAGAUGUGUGGAGAGCGGUGCCAUGUUCUGUGUUCACAGUGGCGGCUGUGGAUCAGGCCACUCGUGUUCGUUCUAUAUGGCGGCAUCAUCCUGGGCUUUGUUCCAUAUCUCAUAUACACACUGAUUUUACAUGAAAUGGAUGGCUUCACGAUUGCCUGGCUUAUUGGUGGGAUAUUUGUGUUCAUGGCGAUCCCAAUAACACUGUGGGAGAUUGUGCAGCAUCUCAUCAACUACACUAAACCUAAACUACAGAAACACAUCAUCAGGAUUCUGUGGAUGGUUCCAGUAUAUGCACUCAAUGCAUGGUUGGUACUCGGGUACUCGCCGUUUGCACAAUAUUUAGAUACAGCAAGAGAAUGCUAUGAGGCCUAUGUCAUCUACAACUUCAUGAUGUUUCUCCUCAAUUUUCUUGAUGAUGAAAUGGAUCUAGAUGCCACUAUGGAAACCAAACCCCAAACCAAUCACUUCUUUCCUCUUUGUUGCCUCAAGCCGUGGCGUAUGGGCAGGGAGUUUAUUCACCGGUGCAAGCAUGGCAUCCUACAGUAUACUGUGUUCCACCUCAUGACCACCUUAAUAGCCUUUGUAUGUGGCCAGGCGGGUGUUUAUGAAGAAGGGAAAUUAUCUCCCAGAAAUGCAUUUGUUUACCUCUUCGUGGUCAACAAUCUAUCCCAGUUUGUGGCCAUGUACUGUUUAGUUUUAUUCUACAAAGCUAUGAGAAGGGAGUUAGACCCUAUGUCUCCACUUGCCAAGUUCCUAUGCAUCAAGGCUGUGGUCUUCUUCUCAUUCUUUCAAGGAGUUGCUAUCAUGUUUUUGAUGAAGGCACAGUUUAUGCAUAAUAUAUUCCACAUAAAUGGUAAAACUGAAGAAGAGAAUGAAAGUAAGGAGCGGGAAGAUUCCAGCAUCAUUCAGAACUUUUUAAUCUGUGUAGAGAUGUUCAUAGCAGCAGUUGCUCACCAUUACGCCUUCUCAUACAAGUCUUAUGUUGAUGAAGAAUAUGAGACUGGAAAUUGCUGCCACACUUUCCUACUCAUCUGGGACAUAUCAGACGUGCGCUCAGACAUUAGAGAGCACGUUUAUGUUGUUAGUGAAGGAAUGAAACGUCGUUUAACAUCACGUGGAAGUGGAUGGCCUGGAGGUGCAACUGUAACAGGUGGCGUGAAUGGCGGUGAUGAACACACACGCCUCAUUGCCCCACAUGCACACUCCGGCCCCAACGCAUCCCAUCGCUACAUGUCAACGUCAGAUUCAGAACAUGAUAUCGUUAUCCAACAGGGUGAAGGAUGUGAGUGUGAGGAUGUGAAGGCCAUGUGACACCCAAGCACCCCUCGGCCAGGCACUGUGGUGUGAUGGAGCGGGGGUGAUGAUAUAAGCCAUCAAGAGGAACAGUGUGGUCACAUUUGAAGUGUAACAUUUGUAAACAGGCCAGUAUAGCCUAUAUGCCUCAUAAAGACAUUUAUAUGUGUUCCAAAACUAGUGUUUCAUAAUUUAGGAAGCUCAUCUGAUUGAAUUACUGACACACUUGGACUAAUUUACAAAUAUAAAAAUACAUUAGCUUUUGACCUGACUUUUGCUCCUUAUUCAUCAGAAAGUGAUGCCAAAGAUUUUACUGUAAGUUUAAUUUGAAUAUGGGUAUACUCUGUGUAGAACAGGGAGCCUAUGGAUGGUUACUGAGGAUCCUUGAGCAAAUAUUUGAGGCUGAUUCUAUUUGGUGACCCCAUGCAGUUAAUAGCCAGAUCUGGCAGAACUUGGCCUGACUGACUGAGCAACAUGUACUUCAUCCACAUUAUCAGAGUGCAUUUCUUGAAGGAAUUAUAUAUAGCUUUGGAUAUCAGUAAGCUGAAAUGAGAAGUGCAGUUUGGGGAAUUUAAUUGAUAAGCAUUAAACAAAUAUUUGUUCAUUAGCCCAGCUACUACUACUACUACUAUUGUAGGUCUUGGAAAUCUUUUAAGGUAUUGGUUCAAUACGUGUUACAGAAUACCUGUACACUGUUAAGAUAAGCAGGCAAGAUGUAAUGUUUCUUAUUUGCCAUAUCUAGGCUGGAUAUAAGCUUAGGUGACAUUCAACAAAUGUUUUGUAAUUUAAAUAACAAUGUUUGGACAUGUAAAUACAGUAUAAUGUAUCUUGAAAGUUAUACAGUGAGUUAUACUAUGGAUUCAUUAUGGUCACAAAUGUUUAAUAUUUAGUACUUGUACUUCCAAAAAAAAAAAAAAAAUUGUAAUUCGAGUAGUGUAAAAUACAGUACGAUUAAAUUUAUACCUAGUGUGUAGGUAAGAAAGUGUUGAUAAGUAAUCCAAGUAUUUCUUGUUUGUAUGUACACAACACAUCUUUCAAGUAAGAGAUGGGCACACAUCUUUCAAGUAAGAGAUGGGCACACAUCUUUCAAGUAAGAGAUGCGUACACAUCUUUCAAGUUAGAGAUGGGCACUCUUACUUCAAGUAAGAGAUGGGCACACAUCCUACAAGUAAUAGAUGGGCACAGAUCCAUCAAGUUAGAGAUGGGCACACAAGUAAGGAGGGAGCGGUAUUGGUGUAAACGCUGUCCACACAUAUUGAUCUCAGCAUGUCUUAACGUACUCUCUCGUCAGUGCAAUCCAUUUUUACAUGUACUCGGAGUGCAAGUAAAGUGUUUAAAUAUUUUGAAUCUACAUUCUAGUUCAGUUAAUGUGUCGAAUCACAAUACUAUAUCUCUUACGAUAUUUUUCAUUACAAGCCAUCUUUAUGGCUGGAAAAUAAUCAUUUCAUUUCAUCAUAUCUUGUGUUGGACUGUGAACCAUUUUAGCUAGCUUCCAGCAUUUGUGUUUAUAUGAUAAUGGAUAACCACAUCAAAUUUAAACUUUAAAUUGUGUGAACACUUUAGUCUAUAUUUUAACACAUUUUCUGAAGCAAAAUCUCAAAAUACAUUAAAUCUUUGCCAAAUGUGACUUUAUUUAUUUUAUAAGGUAGACUAAAAUAGAUAAAUUAUUUGACUAAAUGAGGAAAAUAUUUUGUAUAAAAUGUUCAUUGCAUUUUGGAAGCUUUAUAUGCAACGCAGCAGCUGCCUCCGAGACUCACAACCAGGCUAGCUUCGUUCCAGCUUGUGAGAAUACUUAUGCUUGUAAUAUUCCAUUAAAAAUAAAAUCCCCUUGAGCAAUUAUGAUGCCAAACUGUAGAUCAGCUGCAUUUAGUAGUGUUGUGAAGAAGCAAUGUGAGUGAUGACAUUAACUGAGAAAGCGAUAUUAUAUAUAAACACUUAUAUAAGUGAUAAAGAUACUUUAGUGUAGCAUGAAGUUUGAGUCAAUGAUCCAUCAUCCUUACAUUAAUCCCUACAACCCCAAAAUAAUCAGCAUUGGUAAAUACAUUACUGCUUUACUGCACAUGCAUUAUGAGAUAUUUGUAAAUUUUGGAAAAGGUUUUUAAAAUAGAAUGCGAUGAGGAAAGAAGUACCCCUUUCUGACCGGUAUCUUGGUAGCUUCCCUGAGUUUUAGCACUGGACCCACCUUGGUCCUGAAUAACUUUGAACCCUAUGGAGACAAGUAACCUUAUAAAUUGCCUUAUCCCUUAGUCCAGGGACAAGAAGCACGAACACACUGAUACCAUGUUACACACUGAUAGCAUGCCUCAAGCCACCACAGAGACACUGCUUGUAAUGACACACAAGAACAUUCCAAAGCCCUCGACACUUCCUUCAAGCAACCACUGGUGUCUCUAAAAUUACCAAGAGUUACUCUGAAACACUAUCCAAGUAUCCACUGCCAACAAAGGGCCACAUCAAGGACAUGAUAAGAGGACCUUAUACUACUUGGCCAAUUUCAGAAAUGCCUUUAAAUACAUUGAAAAAUGUUAUUGGUAAUUCACGACGAAUGUGUGUAUGUGAAAUGCUAGAAUAUGAAAUAGUUGUAUGGAACCAAUAUCUCAAAAACAUAUAAAUAAAAAAUUUAAGUACAGCUCUGCAGCUAGUUGACUUUUAGGUCUAAAAAAGUAAGAGUUAUGUGAUGAGACUAGAGUCAUUAAAAGCAGUUUGCCAAUAAUAGUAAAUGAGGUUAAAAGGUGAUGUAGAUCAUGUACAAAAUUUUGAUACAUUUACAAAAUUUAUAAGAGGGAACAUUUUGCAAUUCUGCAACAUGACGAAAGAGGUACGUAAAUUAUCUUUUGCAGGUAGAGUAGUAAACAUAUGUAAUAAAUGAGAGGUUUGUAUUUGUCAAAAUCAUGUUAAGCUUCAAAAUGUCUGACAGUGUGUGGGGACACCAUGAGCAUAGCUCCCAUCCUGUAGCCACACUUGGGCAAUUACACACUGGUACAUACUGUAUGUUACACAUUGGUAUGCACUGUAUGUUACACACACUGGUACAUAUUGUAUGCACGUGGACACACAAUAUUUGUAAGCAUGUGUGUGAGAUUGUGGCUGACAAUCUUCCGUGUGGUACCACUGAAACCAAAGAAACUUUGGAAAAUAUUGUUCAGGUUCAACUUUGUAUAUAGGAAGAAAUUUUGUCUCUUUAUUUUUGCAUAUACAGUAUAAUGUGAUUACUUAUCAAGUAAUAUGAAUUGUUUUAUUAUUAUUGUUAGCUACUAAAUAGUAUAUAGUACAGUAUUCACUUUUUACUUAAAAUGCACUCUGGUAGCAGUGUUCAAUUGAACUCUGGCAUUAUUUCAUUAGAAAAAUUUAUUUUCUAAUGUAGCAUGUUGCACUGCAAUUAAGUUUGUGCCUCACUUCACAAGAAGAGCUUGUCUUGUAAUAUUUGUCUCUGUAGCUCUAAUAACCAGUACUGUACUGUAUAACGUUUGUAUAUUUCUACUCAUUAUGUCAAAUUACACAUGGUACAUUUCACCAAAGUCUUUAAAAUGGUAUUUAGCUCGUGUUAAACAUGCAUGUACAUAAAGAUGGGGAAAUAAAUAAUGUAUAAUUAUGAAUAGUAAACAGAGCCUGAUAAUUAUGUGUAGCGUUGGUACUAGAUGAGAAAAUUUGGCAUGUCGAGGGCAGAUGUUCACAAUGCUAUCUGUUUCUCGUACACUUUUUCCCAUUUAAGUUCUUCAUUUAUAAUGUGAAUUUUGAGUGUUUUAGGAAUGCAUUUCUAAUUAGAUACAAGUAUCAGAAUUAUAUGGCUUUCAUAAUCUUGUUAGCAUCAAACACUGCUAUUGAGUUCUAAUUAUACCUCACUUGUCUCACUUAAAAGUCAUCAAAUGUUGUAAUCAUAGAGGCCAAUAUGUGUGUUUGCUGUGAAGUGUAUUUUGUUAAGUGGUAUUUUGUGCAAUGCUGUGUUAAGUCAAAUAAAAUGGAUACUUUAAAUAAAUUUAUAAAAUGUACUGUUUGAUAAAUACAGUACUGUAGUUACAAGCAAACAUAGCAAGAACCAUCUUUAAUAUUUAAAAAUUGGCAUAAAGAAAUUAAAAAGAUUAUAUUUCUAGUAAGGAUUUAUAGUAUUAUAAUAAAAUUUAAUUUCUAUUUGAAAAUACUGUCCGAGUAGUUCAGCACUAGGUCAUAAGUGUUCCCCAAGACAUAGGAUAUCAUUAUUUCCAUAAAGAAUAAUUACUAAAGUUUUUUUUUGUGGUGGGGUGGGAGAUGGUGAUCUACAGUAUACUGUAUUACAUUUCUAUCAAGAAAAAUACUUGCACUUUCCAUAUAUAGUGUACCAUGAAAAAUCAAAUACAGUUUAGUAAAAAACAAAUUUUUGUUUUUGAAUGUUAUUUUUUUUCAAAUUCUACAUUCUAUAAUGUGAAAAUGAUCCAAGUAAUUAAUUCAAGCAUAAUGUGCACAAAGCAUUUGUGGUUAGUCAAGUAAGGGAAACCAGGAAUCAUGACUUUCCACAAGAGAUACUGUAGUUGGAAAUUAGUGGAGAAUAAUUUAAAGCAAAAGUUUGACUUCCAGAUAGGGUUUAGGGAGCUCUAGGAUGCACAUGGGUGUCAUAAUGGGGUAAGCAAGAGUCUUUGGGAUUACCAAAGUCCUUGCUCUAAGCCAGUUACAAUAAGCAAGGAAGCAGAGCAUACAUUGUGAAGGAUUAAGUUAACAAUUAAAUUAGUUAACCAUGUCAAAUUAAAUCAGUUACCAAGAGGUAAGGAGGAAAUCUUUGUGCAUGACCAUAGCAAGGUUGGCAAAGAUUAAUAAGUGCUCUCAAUAGUAUGUUGGACAUAUCACCUAUAAUGACACCCAGAAAUUAGUUUCAAGAAGUGCCUUUCCUAUUCUUUUUCACAAAAACCACAUGGCCAGGCUGCAUUGGUUGAUAAUUAGUAGUCAAAUGUUCAUAUUGCUUUAAAGUUUUUGUAGGGGAAUUAAAUUUAAAAUGUUUUGCAAUGGAAAGAGUCAGUGCAAAUUUGAGGCCUCUCAUCUAUUUUUAAUCCAUUUUUGUUAACAAUAGUAUUACCUAAGAAUGGACAUCAAGUACUGUAUAUUUGAUACAAUUUUUAAAAUAAUUUGAUACUUGAGACAAGUAUAUGGGUAAAGCAGGUUAUAGCGAGAAUUUCAGUAGCAGUGUUCAAUCUGCUCAACUAUACUGUGCCUCAUGGAAUGAUCAUUUAAGUGAUAAUUAGUUUUCUUGACAAAUAUACUCAUUCUGAAUGUAUAUUAGUGCCUCAGUCUUUCUCUCAUGAUCUGAUACUUGUGUAGUUUCAGGUAAAAUAUUUCAUUCCAGUAUAGUUAAGUAGUGUUUCCUUGCUUUUAUGCUACAAUGAAAACUAGUGUUUUAUUAUUGGUAUAAACAGUGUAUUUUGUCUAUGGGAAGGUUUCUACAGUGAUUUUGAUACAUCAAAUAUUAUUUUAGCCUUUUGAUUUAUUAAACAAAUUUAAUGACUAAUUCAAACUUGCAUUUAUUGCAGAAUAUUAGAAAAAUCUCACUUCAAUACACACAAUGCAAAAUAUGUGUGACACAAAUUAGGAGUCUGAAAUAAACUGAAAAUCAAGAUUUAAACUAAGAGCAUUGACCUAUUUUGGGAUUUUUACCAUGUUCCAAUUGUGUUCAUUAUGUACAAGUUUUGAUUUGCUGAUUAUGCUGCAGAAGGAUGAGCUUACUAAAAAUAUUUGUUACUUUAUGUGUUAAACAUUAUUUAUUCACCAUACACUGGAAAUUAAAAUUAUAGAUUAAAAACUAUAUAUAAAUGAAUUUACCCAAGGGUCACCAUCUCUAGUGGCUUCAAUGGGUAAAGGAAGCUAGCAAAGUGUCAAAGCUUCUCCCAUGGUUCCUGAGGAUUACUUCCAGUUAAGGAAAUUAGUAUGAAUAUUGUACUGUAUAUAAAUUACAGGUAAAGAGUGAAGUAGUGUUGUAUUCUCUGCCUGAGCACUCUAGGGUAUUGUACUUGGCAUUAAAUAGGUUUUAACUUACUGUAGUUUGGUUAUACUUUGUUUCUUUUAGUGUGAUUAUGUAAGACUUAGUUAUUGAUGUUUAGUGUAUGAAGAUAAAUGUUAUAAGUGGCAGGUGGUCAUCCUAAACCCUUCGAACCUCUGAGUGGGUUUAACAUGAAGCAGAAUUUAAAAGUUAACAAAAAUAUUGAGAACUGAAUGUUAGCAAGAAAUUUGUGAUGGGAACAGUAGGUAUGGGGUUGUAAAGUUGUUACUUUAGAAUAGUUGCUGGUACUAGUUCAUCUUUUCCAAACUUAAAUAUUUAGUAAUAUUGGAGUGGUAUGGCAACAUUUUUACCUAGUCAGACUUCCACCUGUUCAUGAAGUGAUAUCAUUGUACAGUACUGUAUUUGCAUGGUUUGUAGUUUCUCAUAUAACCUCAACCUUAAUAAUAAAUAAAUAAAUAAAUUAUAUAUAUAUAUAUAUAUAUAUAUAUAUAUAUAUAUAUAUAUAUAUAUAUAUAUAUAUAUAUAUAUAUAUAUAUAUAUAUAUAUAUAUAUAUAUAUAUAUAAUUUAUUUAUUUAUUUAUAAUUAAUAUUAUCACUUCUUGGGACCUUUGAAUUUACUGUUUCAAUUACUUUGCCAACUAGUUUUCAAAGUAUAAUCCUGUAAUUGGAUUUACAACCUUUCUUCUUUACAAAAUAAUAUGUAAACUUCCUAAUGCAUUUAAACUUCUGAAAGACUAAAGUAUACAUAGAUUAUUAUUUAGUUUGUCGAAUCAUAGUGAUUAACAUUUAAUAAAGAAAUGCGUUAUUUUUCCUAUGAGAUAUGUGGACAAGACGUUCAAUACUGUAUAUGCACGUACAGUACAGUACUUUGUCUAAAUAAUUUUGAGUUUAAAUUUAUUUUUCUAUGCUAUUUAUGUGAACACAAAGGAAAACAAUCAUGUCACUAUAUAUAGAAAUAUAGAAUUACAAAUUUGUGUUUAGAUUGAUAAACAGGAGUCUCGUUCUCCUUGGUUUGGUGAUUAGUGACAACCUGCAUGUCCAUACAGAUUGGCAGCACAUGUCAGUUCUUGGUGUUCUUACUUCUAAUUUACACAUGUUUGAAGACGUAAUCAUCAUUACCGCCCUUUACUCUUCUUGCUAACUGAGCAAAUAUUCAGUCCUAUCUGGGAGAUACAUGAGGAAUCUGUUACGAAUGCUCCAUUUCUUUACUAGUAUUUUCAGAAUUAAAUCUGUAACAUACCUCACUUGGUUUAAUGAGGAGGGAACAUUAAAAGCACAAGAGACCAUACUUAGGAAGAAGUUAAUGGACUAAAUUUUAAUAUGUAACAAUUACAGACUCAUGUUGAAUGAUAUCUCACAGAUCCAUAGUUUCUCAUAUUCAAAGUUUGUGGCAGUAAUUAUUACUAAUGUGCUUGUAUAGUUCUCUGCAUGUUUAUGUGAUGUAUGGCUGCAGUCAAGAAUCCAAGCUUGUGUGUAAUUCAUUUAUUUUUCCAUCACACUCAGUCUAGACCAAUAAAAUGGGAAGAAUUAAGGUUUUACAUCAGCCCUAUUUAACUUGUUUGCAUCUUAAUACAAAGCAAAUGAGAGUACUGUACAUUGACUGUAACAUGUUUUGUGGAUCACAGUAUGUGUACUUUGCAUAGUAACUGUAGUUAUAUUUCUUGUGACAUUUAAUAUGAGAAAUAUAAAAUAUAAAUGACUGGAGUUCUGUAUUCUCUCUACAUUUUGGAAGUUUGUACUGUAUCAUACAACUGGUAUAUACAGUACAGGAACACUCAAUAUUAACAUUAUUUAUUAAUAAGUAGCCCUAAAAUCUGUAAUCAGCAUGCAUCCCCUGUGAUAAAGGUGAGAAGAGAUUAGUCCAUUAGGUGAUGUAAAUAUUAUUAAUAAAGGUUAAUAACUUUAAUGACAGGAUCUAUACCACUUAAUAAUAUUGAAGGAAAUUACAUCUUGUUUUAUCUCAAAAUCUUCAGUAUUGAAGACAUACAACUUCAGUGUAAUCUAUACUAUAAUUUUAUAUUGUAGUUAUUAUGUAUAACUCAAAUUCUGCUACAAUGUACCUUAUAUUACAUUUUUCAGUUAGCUUAAGGGCCUGCCCAAACCCUAUGCAUGUUAGUGGCUUUGCAAAAAAGCAACACUCAAAUACCAAU